AUGUCGAACCGAGAGCACAAACACCGAACAGAAGUGUACGUGAUGACGGUAACUCAAGAACUAGCGGAGUGGGAGGACUCGCGACUCAUGGGCCGCAAGCGCCAAUGGUUCUCCAUCGACGAUGCGCUCGCGCAACUCGCGCUGCACAAGCCCAUCCAGCGCCACUACAUCCAGCAACUGCGCCGCUCCAAACUAAACAAAACCGACGACCCGGGGAGCUAA